CAGAGAUACAGUGGAAUAGGAUAUCACUGGUGUCUGUGUGUGGGGGAAUCAUGGAAGAUCCUGCUGUCAUGUAUGUUCCAAAAUAUGUCAUAGAAACAUGUAAAACUGCAUGACCAGCCAUUUAAGGACAGACUGACUCUCCUUACACUUUCAUUUUCAUCUUGAGUCUCUCAGAAUUGCAUUGUCAACUAAAGUCAGUUUGUCUUCCAGGAGAACACAGUUUGAGAGGAAUUCAGGAGCCAGGAAUGAGAAAUCACUCAACAAUAACCACGUUCAUCCUCCUGGGGUUAACAGAUGACCCACAACUGAAGAUUCUGACUUUUAUAUUUCUAUUUAUCACCUACAUGUUGAGCAUAACUGGAAACCUGACCAUCAUCCUCCUCAUUUUAGUGGAUUCCCACCUUAAAACUGCAAUGUACUAUUUUCUCCAGAAUUUUUCCUUCUUAGAAAUCUCGUUCACUUCUGCCUGCAUUCCUAGGUUCUUGUACAGCCUAUCAACAGGUGACAGGACCAUUACAUACAAUGCUUGUGCAUGCCAACUAUUUUUUAUAGACUUGUUUGGAGUAACAGAGUUUUUUCUUCUUACUGUUAUGUCCUACGAUCGAUAUGUAGCCAUUUGCAAACCCUUGCAUUAUGUGACCAUCAUGAACCAGAGGGUCUGCAAAAGACUUAUUUUGUGCUGUUGGAUAAUUGCCUUGUUGAUUAUAUUUCCACCACUUAGUGUGGGACUGGGACUGGAGUUCUGUGACACUAAUGUCCUUGACCAUUUUGGCUGUGAUGCUAAUCCUAUCCUGAAGAUCACAUGCUCAGAUACUUGGCUCUUAGAGCAGAUGGUUAUUGCCUGUUCUGUGUUCGUCUUCAUCUUGACUCUCGUGUGUGUGGUUUUGUCCUACACUUAUAUCAUGAGAACAAUUAUGAGGUUCCCAUCAGCCCAGCAAAGGAAGAAAGCAUUUUCCACCUGCUCUUCCCACAUGAUUGUGGUUUCCAUCACCUAUGGUAGCUGUAUCUUCAUGUACACCAAACCUUCAUCAAAAGAUGACAUGACCAUGAAUAAGGGGGUAUUAAUAUUAACUACUUCCAUCUCCCCCAUGUUGAACCCAUUUAUUUAUACUCUGAGGAACAAACAAGUGAAACAAGCCUUUAGUGACUUAGUAAAACAAUUACACUGCUCUCAAGGAAUUAGAAGUAUGUUGAAGUAGGUUUCAUAAGCAAAUUUUCU